CGCCGACUCGUGAUUGGUUGACGCUGUCACAACGACAUGUCAUCUGGACGUUUCUUCCGCGAUUUGUGACCAAUGUAAACUAGCUUUUAUGUGCGCAGUGGUGUAACAUAACCUGUGUUUGUAACUGCGCAAAAUUGACGGUAAUAUUACGAGGAAAAUUGUGAACAAUAUUAUACUUGUUGAAUCUGUAAACUUGUAUAUGAGCGAUAAAAUGGCUCAGGGAAAACUCAAAGUUAAGACGAAGCUGCCAGCAAAGGCAAAAGCCAACAAAGGCAAAGGCAAAGCCAAGAAAGGGCCUGCUGUCCAAAGACGUGGAAAUGCUCCUGUUCAACCUAAGAAGACAAAGUUGCAGGAGUCACAGAAAUUGAAAAAGAUGAUCUCGAAAACAGUAAACACUGCAGCAGAAGAUGACCUGCGUGAGCGAGCCUUAGAGGGAAGGAAAACUCUUGCAAAGAGAAAUCCUUCUACUUCGAAAAAAUAAUGUUAAUUAUUAUAUAUAUAUAUAUCAAUAAUAUAUAUUGUUGUGUAUGUAUACAUCUAUAUUUUGUUCGAGGUUAUUUAUUGGCAAAGAAAUGCAAUCAAGUGAUAUGAA